AUGCUAUUCAAUACGAACUGGCUUCGGGCCUUGGGCAUUAGCCUGCUAGGUGCCAAUAUUGUCCGCUCUGCGGAGCUGAGCAAGGACACAAAGGCGCUCUUCGACCAGUCCAUGGCGAUCCAAGAUGACCUCUAUGACCCAGCGGCUUCAUAUUUGCGCUACUUUUAUUAUCCCCUUGCCGCAGGGCCUCACGAGACCCGGUCCACAGUUUGGUAUUCCGUUGGACUUCUCCAGCGCAAUCAUGGAAAUGAUGUUCAUGAAGCGGUCAAAAUCCUCAAGAGUGUAAUCGGUGGGCAAGAGAAGGACACGUCUGUCCAGUGGUAUGGUGACUACACAGUCUACCCUGAGCAGCCUACUGUCGGAAGUGAGGCUUAUCCCCCCGUGAUCUAUAACUCUUGGGAUCCCAACUGGAGAGGCUUUAUCGGUACUGCGUUAAUCAUCAUCUACGAGGAAUUCGGGAAGCUAUUGCCUACAGAUGUGCAGGAACUAAUCUUGGACAGCCUGUACAACAAUACCAAGGGCGAUAGCUACCGGGUUGGUGGCGUUGAUGAGGACAACCUGUACCCAGCCUACUCCAACGCUUGGUUGAUGAGGACUGUAGUCGGCUCAUGGACCGGCCGGAAAUUGAACGAGGCCAAUAUGACCGCCGCAGCCGACAACGAAGCUCGUGAAUUUCUCGAGCUCUUUGAUCGUAACCACACUCUAUCCGAGUUCAAUGGACCCACCUAUGCUGGUGUCUCUAUCUACGCCCUCACGAUUGCGGCGAAGUACCUCGGAACCACCACCUCUGUUAUUGGCCAGAACGCUGCACGCGCGGUCCAGCAGAUCUGGGAGUACGAGUCACUACUAUGGAAUCCCAAUAUGAGGAACUUUGCAGGCCCCUGGGACCGCUCCUAUGGAUACGACAUGAACCAAUAUGUCGCAAUUAUGUCCAUCUGGAUCUGGACCUUGGUAGGAAAAGAGAAUGUGUGGAAGCACAGCUAUCCAAUCUGGACCAUGGCCCAUGCCGAUGACUUUGAGAUUGCGCCGGUUAUUGCCGUUCUUUCCAAAUUCCACAAGACACUUGUCCCAAAAGCAGCCAUCUCAAGGCUGACCUCAUUCUCCGGCGAGCGCACAUACAGCGGACACUCCUACGCUCCCCCCGCGGACUAUGAGCCGCGAAACAUCACCACCUGGCUUUCGGCGAAUCUGACCAUUGGCACAGAUUCGUUUAACCAAAGCGUCGUGGGUGGUUACUCCAAGGACUCAACCUCCUUUAGCCCUUCAGUCGUCCAGUGGACACGCUCUGACGAGUCGAUCGGCUACUUUAACUUAUACUCCAAGCAGCCAGCUUUAAAGGCUGAGGUAGCUCCAUACUCGCUAAAUCUGACCUAUCCAUUAGGCGACGCCUCGAGCACUUUCACCUUUGUGCUCGCUUCGAACCCGCUUGGAGCAAAGCGUGAUAUCACUGGGUUAGAUGACGUGGACGGUUUGGAUAUCAAGGUCACCGGUGGCACUGUCAAUCCAGUCCCCGAAAUUUCAUUCUGUGGCUUGACUGGUGGAAGCUGCAGCAUCAUCCACAAUUUUGAAUUCUGGAAUCUUACCUUUUCCAUGCCGGCGAAUAGCUCGCAUAUUCCGAGUAUCCAAUUCGAAUUUCAGCUUGAAUAAGCGAUGUAGCGGGCGUAUAUCUGGCAUCGCACGGUCUACGUGCGAUAACAUUUAUGUCCCUUGCUACCAUGUACAGAAGGACUAUAAUGGUCUACUCUAUUAGAAAUUUCCAAUAAUAUCCUUUAUGUCCAAAUAAACCAGCAGCGGAUGUGUAAAAUUAUUGUCACUUCUACAUUAGGUAGUUUACUCA